GAUCCUUAGCAAUUGGAAUAUACCUUGAUCGCACGUUGGCUUUUAAAUCAUCGUGUCCGGCGGUAUGCCAAUACGCUACAAUAGUAAUAUCCAAGAGGCAAUCAACCGACGAAAUCACCACUACAGGAGUCUUAUAUGCAUUCGCACAAAUCAUUGGCACUUUAUUAAUUUCGAUGAUGGAUACAUUAGAGAAUUUAAAUAAAAAAUUUACGAUGGAGCUUUCAAACUGGGUUUUGUUCGCGAUUGUGGUCGGUGGGUUUGGGUUGUUGUUGCCGAUUUCGCCAGCGGAAAAUGAGGGCUAUGGUGAGGACGAAGAUGAACAAGGGGAGACCA